GACGUCCUUAACCUCACAUCAACUUGAAUUUAACGUGGGCUAACUGUAGGACUUUUAACGCCUGGUCGUCAGUUUAGAGGAAAAUAUCACGCAACCAGAACGAUACAAAUCUGGUGGCUUAAUUUCAGGAGGAGAAACGAAGAAUCAAAAUUAAAAUGUCCAACCCAUUGAGGGGUGAAGUCAUCAGACUGUACAAAAAUCUUCUCUAUCUUGGACGCGAGUACCCUAAAGGUAACGCUUACUUCAGGGAGCGAUUGAAGACGGCAUUUAUGAAGAACAAAGAUGUAACAGACCCGGAGAAAAUCAGAAAGCUCAUCGAUCGAGGCGAGUUUGUGAUUAAAGAAUUGGAGGCUCUUUACUUCCUGAGGAAAUACAGAGCAAUGAAAAAACGCUACUAUGAGCCAGACCACUGAAGGGUUUGGAUGUGUUGCUUGGCGUUAUCCCGCACUUCUGUUAAAGUGCCGCUACUUGCCGCGCCCUGAAGUACACAACACAGCAGUACUGAGAGGCAGCAGUACUGUUCAGGACUGGUGAACUAUAACUGAGCUUAUCCUUAUCCUGUUGAUAAAUCAUGUGUAUAAAUUUCAACUGCUUCAUUUCAAAUUACAUAUUUUUUUACAAAUUCAGUGUACUUAUAUCUGCAGUGUCACACGGUCUGUAGCAACAAUACACACUGUAAAUAAUGUCUUGUCAAACACAUUUGAAUUAUGUAAACAAAUCUAAGAA